GGUGCAGCGGAUUCCAGCAGCCCUUGCCCAGCCCUGCCGCUGUGGGAGCUGCUGGAAGCAGUGGGUGUGAGCUGUUCUUUCCACAGGAACAGAAUGGGCAUGGGGGACUCCAACCCAGCAGCAGUCCCACACGCCGCCGAGGACAUUCAGGGGGAUGACAGGUGGAUGUCACAGCACAAUCGGUUUGUCCUGGACUGCAAAGACAAGGAGCCCGACGUGCUCUUCGUGGGGGACUCCAUGGUGCAGUUGCUACAGCAGUAUGAGAUAUGGCGAGAGCUCUUCUCCCCGCUCCAUGCGCUGAAUUUUGGGAUUGGUGGAGACACCACGGGACAUGUUCUAUGGAGACUGAAGAAUGGUGAACUGGAGAACAUCAAACCCAAGGUCAUUGUUGUUUGGGUUGGAACAAAUAACCAUGAAAACACAGCAGAAGAAGUCGCAGGGGGAAUCGAGGCCAUCGUGCGCCUGAUAAACACCCAGCAGCCACAGGCCAAAGUGAUUGUGCUGGGCCUGCUACCUCGUGGAGAGAAGCCAAACCCGCUGCGGCAGAAGAACGCCAAGGUGAACCAUCUGCUGAAAGCCUCGCUGCCCAAACUGCCCAACGUGCAGCUGCUGGACGUGGACGUGGGCUUCGUGCACUCGGAUGGCACCAUCUCCUACCACGACAUGUUCGACUUCCUGCACCUGACGGGCGGGGGCUACGCCAAGGUCUGCAAGCCCCUCCACGAACUGAUCAUGCAGCUGCUGGAGGAGACCCCCGAGGAGAAACGAGCUGCCCUGGCCUGAGUCGCUGCUGUCAGCGUGGAGAGCAUCAUCCAGCCCAUCAGAUCAGUUCUGUCACUGGCACUACAGAAUCCUUCUUUCUUAAAGCACUUUCCAUUGUAGAAUGUUACCGGAUGUCCGUACCUAGUGUUUUCAGGGGGAAGGCUCAUGUUUAACUGGUCUUGUACAUACGAGGGCCGGCUGGGUUGGUUUUAUUGCAGGAGGAAAUUAGCUGAAGAAGAGUUUUACUUUUAAACCGUUCCUCAUUUAAAACGAGAACAGGACUGUCACUCUGUGCCCCUCUCAUGUCUUGUUGCCCUGUGGUUGUCCUAGACCCCUUGUAGCCUGUCCGACAGCCCCACUCCUGGCUCACCGUUCCUGGCUGCAGCCAUCAUGCUCUGUGUAUUUGCCUGGGAACAAGAAUCACAUUCCACUUGCAAAAGCCAGAACAGAUGCAUUUUUCCAAGCUCGGUUCCACCGUUUAGGUGGGGUUUUUUUUUUCUUUUUUUUU